AUGGCAUCAUGCCUUUAUGAAUUCCUUUGUGAGGCAGAACUUGAAAAAUACUAUCCCCAUUUUGCUGCCUUCGGUCUUCAGAAGAUUGAUGAGCUUGCCAAAGUCUCCAUGAAAGAUUACACCAAACUGGGAGUCCAUGACAUGAAUGACCGCAAACGACUCUUUCAUCUCAUUAGAAUAAUCAAAAUUAUGCAAGAGGAAGACAUUACAGACUUAAGCAAGCAAGAUUUUCAACCAAGUGGCCUUUUAAUUCAGCCUGAGGUGACCAGUUCAGGUCCCCGUAGACAGCUGCAGUUUGAGUCCUUCUUUGAAGAAAAUGAUGGAACAGCUGAAGACUCUGAAUCUGAAUCAUAUGGUUCAUCUGAUUUCGAUGCCAAUGGAGAGAAGAACAGUGCAGGGGAAAUCUUGGGACACAUUCAACCACAAGAUUCAGAGCUGAUCAGAUUAACUAGAAAAGACCUAAAUACUCCUGCAAUAUGCACUAAAAAAGACCUGAGCUGUCCAGCAGUUUCUGACGAUAUUGCUCCUCUCCUGGGGGAUUCGGAAGCUCCUAUCGUACAAAGAAUAACUCAUAUUUCAGGGUAUAAUUAUGGACUACCUCAUUGCUGUAUCAGAUCCAGUACUUCUGAAAAAGAGACUCCAUGGACAGAGAUUGAAAAAAUCAGAGUGUGUGUUCGAAAGCGUCCUCUAGGCCUGAGAGAGAAGCGACGUGGGGAGGUUGAUAACAUCACAAUGAAAGAUAAGGAAACUCUACUUCUUCAUGAGAAGAAGGAGGCAGUUGAUCUCACCCAAUAUAUUUUACAGCAUGUUUUUUAUUUUGAUGAAGUCUUUGGGGAGUCAUGUACCAAUCAGGAUGUAUAUAUGAAGACGGCUCAUCCUCUCAUUCAGCAUAUUUUUAACGGAGGCAAUGCAACCUGCUUUGCGUAUGGGCAGACUGGUGCUGGCAAGACUUACACUAUGAUGGGUACGAAUCGGAAUCCAGGACUCUACGCUCUGGCUGCCAAGGACAUCUUUACACAGCUGGAAGCAUCACAGUCCAGGAAAGACCUCCUUGUUUAUAUCAGUUUUUACGAGAUCUACUGUGGACAGCUUUAUGACCUGCUAAAUGGAAGGAAGAGACUUUUUGCAAGAGAAGAUAGCAAGCAUGUUGUUCAAAUAGUUGGACUGCGCGAGGUUCAGGUGGACUCAGUAGAUCUACUGUUGGAGGCAAUUUUGAAGGGGGGAAGGGAACGUAGCACGGGAGCUACUGGAGUCAACUCAGACUCCUCUCGAUCUCACGCCAUCAUCCAAAUCCAAAUUAAAGACACAGCCAACAGGACAUCUGGAAGGAUAUCAUUCAUUGACUUGGCUGGCAGUGAAAGGGCAGCUGAUGCCAGAGACUCAGAUCGACAGACAAAAAUGGAAGGAGCAGAAAUAAACCAAAGUCUUUUAGCACUAAAGGAAUGCAUUCGGGCAUUGGAUCAGGAACAUGUGCAUACUCCUUUCCGGCAAAGCAAGUUAACUCAGGUGCUAAAGGAUUCUUUCAUUGGCAAUUCCAAGACUUGUAUGAUAGCGAAUGUAUCGCCCAGCCACAUAGCUACAGAGCAUACCCUGAACACUUUACGAUAUGCUGACAGGGUCAAAGAGCUGAAGAAAGGGAUUAAACAUUCUACUCCUGUAACGAACCGGCGUCGGACAGCUGGACACGUAUCUCCAAAACAUGUCCAAAACUCUCCCUCUUUGCCACCUGGUGAAAAGAGCUCUCCAAAGAAAGUGAAGCUAGGGCUCCAGCAUCCCUCAAAUGCUACAAAAACAAAGACGUGCCCUGCAGCACUCCAGCCACCAAGUGUCCCUUUUACCUCUACUCCCAGGGCAAUCAACAAAGGACAUGCCUACAAAGGAAAUCCCAGCUCACCGUGGUUCCACCAUCCUAGCCCUGUUAAGGGCGUCCUACGGUUCGCACAUCCCCCAGAGAAGAAAACUGAUGAUCUAUCCCCCUACUCUGAAAAGAACUCCACUGCAAAGGAUUUCAUCACCAAAAAUGCUGCCACAGCAGAAACAAAAGAGAGUGACCAGAAAGACAAGCAUGUGCAAGACAGACCACCUGUGCAGUGCCUGAAGGUCCAGACAGUGCAACCUGUACAGAAACAGCUUGUUUCUAGAGAUUAUUUUGCCUUUGGAGUUGGAAAUCUGCCUUCUGACAGCAGACAGGAAUGGGGAAACACCUUUGCUAAACAAUGUGUUGAAACCUGGACAAAUCUGUCUCCAUUUCAGAAGGAAAGGGAAGAGCAUUUACGUCUUUAUCACCAGCAGUUUCAGCAGCCACCUAUUCUACAGCAAAUAUUGAACUAUCAACCUCCUGAGAGGUUUUUAACACAAUACAAGCCCCAGGAGAUUGAAGUGAAGCAGGAGCAGAGCCUUACUCCCACAGAAAUACAGAGCAAAGAGGGGAUGCAGCUGGAAGAUCUGGAUGACAGUGAUUUCAGUGAUGAUUCGUUCUCACCUGUCAGUGGUCAAAAGAGCAUGAAAAACACCAACAAAUGCAGUCAACAUUCAUUUUUCCUUCAUCAGAGAGAACAAGGAACUGAAGAAGAGCAAAAAGGCGAAAAGCGACAGGAUUUAUUUUUUAAAUAUGCAAUACCUGUGCAAGAACAUGAAUUAGAUGACAGCUGGGGUUGUACUGAGGGCAGCUCAAAAUCAGAGGAACCCAUGAAAGAUGCAGGCUGCAGCAGUACUCCAUCAGACUGGAGUUAUGCCUUUACUAUUGAGUCCUCUCCAAGCAAUGCUGCAGAAAAACCUUAUUGUCUGCAGGAAGAUCCUGCUUGUGACUGGAAAAAUGGCAAAGAUUUUCUAGAUGAUCACAAACAGAACAAAUCCAACCACAGUUGUCUCAUUUACUCCAGUGAAGCUGCCUUAACUCCAGAAAAUGGUGCUUCAAACUCAUGUGUUUCUCCUGCACUGAAAUCAGGAAUUCCAGAGUGCAAAGAGAGUGACCUCCAGCACGAAGAGAAGGAACAAUCCCCUUUGGAUAGACAGGCUGCCCUUUCAGGAGAUAUAAAAUGGAAAGCUCGAAAAAAUGGAGUUAACCAUUGUGUAUCUUCUAGUUGUUCCUCAGAACUUACUUCUGAGAUCAUGGCCCCUCUCAUGGUAUCCCGUCUUGACUAUGAGGAAACAACCGAUACAGAGAAAGUGUCUUCUAGCCAAGAGAAAUCCCCCCAUGUGAAGGUGUCGGACAGGAACAUACACAGCUUCCAGAACAGGUUUGAUGAAGAGGGCUGGCAGUGUACGAGAAGCAGAGCUCUGACAGACAGCAUGCUGGAACUGGGGGAGCAAAUGCAUCGUGGGGGAAGACACUGCGCCCUGCUGCGUUCCCCGCAAACAGGGGACAGAUGGCCUUCACCCGCCUGCUGUGAUGUGAAGCCAUGCUGCUGCCUUCUGGGCUCGGGUUCAUCAAAGCAAGGAGCUGUUCACAGUUCAUUUGUUGGAUGUGAGGUGACAGGAACAUCCGCAGCUGAAUCCACAGGCUCCAGGAGAGAGAGAGAGGAUGGUUUGCUUCUCGGUAGCUCAACGUGUGAAGAACACUCAGGUGGCAGGCAGUGUGGUGCUGAUGUUAAAGAUAAUACUGGUGACUCGGGAAAAUCUAACUCAAAUCAAGGACCCAGCAUUGGGCCUAUGGCUCAUGAAAUAAAUGCUGAUAUACCUGAAAAGAGCGAUUUUUCAAAUGCACUGUGCUUCCUCAGUGUGGGAAAUAAGGAUUACACAGUCCAGUCCUCCCCUCAAGAAAGCAGCCUGCUGUUGCAGCCCAAGUCAGGACUCAGGAAUGAGGACUUCCGUCAUUCUGACGACUCAGCCACGUCAUCAUUCAGCAGUGAGGAAACAGAAUUUCUAAAAAACAAGUUAAUGCAGAGUAUUGUUACACAAGAGACUUUUGCUGCGGAUUCAGGAUCUGCCACGAAAGAUAAUAAGCAACUGGGAAAUGCAAAGAGCCCCUCAGGCACAUCCAGCAGCAGUUCUCCAAGUGCUACUUCAGAGAUGGGAAAAUGGCAGAGGGAAGCCUUAGAAGAGGCACAACAGACUGUAAUUCGGGUCCAUCAGCAGCAGCUGGAUGAAAUGGCAUCCCUGUGCCUCAAGGAAGAGUGCUUGAUAAAUCAGAUGUCAGCAAUGGAUUUUCAGAAUUUCAUGACCAAGCUGGAUGAAGUCUUGAUGCUGAAGUCGAAAUGUAUCCAAACGAUGCGAGCCCAGCUUCAGCUCUACUUAACCUCUCCUGGCACUGAUGCGUCCCUGCAAACACCUCCAACAGUUUAG